UAAUGCCGUGGGUAUUUCUGUGUUUUAGUUCGCCUUAGAACCUCAAGUCAUAUUAUGUUGAUUAAGAUCCUUUAUUUCUGCUCUUACUGUCGACAGGUGUUUGAGUCAUUGAACUUGAAGCAGUUAAUCGAAAUAUUUUAAAAUGAGAACACACACCAAGGCCAACGUAUUAAAAACUAAACCAAUUUUGAAUUAUUCUAAAAUCUGCUUGAUUUUCGCAGGAAUAUGGCCCUUACCGUUGCCUACGCAAAACCGAGUACUUCAGAGAGCGUAUUUCAUAUACUCAUGUUUGGUGAAGGUAUAUUUCCCGACGUUUCUGAUUUCGCUCUCUAUUGAAUUGGCCGUGUCAAUAUUCGACGAGGGUUCGAAUACGGAUAUCCAGCAAAUAUUUUCAAAACUACACUACAUUAUAAUGUUAUUAAUUACCUUUUUUGCCAUGAUACUUUGCCAACGCGAAGAGGUUAAAAAAAUUAUAACUUACAUAAUACAGGAUGAUAAGUAUGUCGUAUGUUCCAAGGAUCUGGUAAUUAUGCGAAGCCAUUUCACACAGGUUCGGAUGUGCUCAAGAUCGUGUUUGACAAUAAUGAUUCUUACAUUUGGGAGUGGGAUAUCGAUGUGUUUGGAGAACUAUUGGCGGAGAUUAGAAAUCGACCAUGACAAAAAACACCGCAACGGAAGUGUAGAAAAGCCUUUUGUAUUUGCGUUGUAUUACUAUAAACUGGAUACGUUCAAACACGAAACUAGUCUCCUAGUGGCUAACGCUUUGUUCGUGGUAAUGAAUUCCCUUUUGUUUGCUUCGACGAAAAUGCUUCUUUUUUCUUCAAUUAUACAUUCAGCAUCCAUAUUAAAGAGGCUGCAACUUCAAUUCCAAAAAUUGUAUGCUUGCUCCGACAGAGUUGUCGUGACUUUAAGAGAUCUUGUUCAACAACAUCAGAAUGCUAUUGAAUUUGUUGCAAAGUUGAAUAAUUGGUUGAAGUAUCUGAUAUUUUGGGACUUUCUUCUGAACUCAUUAAAUAUAGCCACGAUUUCAAUUCAAUUAAUGACGUUUGAGAAAAACAUGCUUACAUCGCCCAUAUUAUUUUUCUGUGUACUUUUUACUCAGACUUUUAUUCUUGGAUGGAGUGCUAACGAAGUAAAAUGUCAGAGUUUGGUGCUAGCGGACGCCUUGUAUUGUAGUCCUUGGUAUGACCAAAGUGAAAAUGUUAAAAGUACGCUGUUGACCAUGCUAUUACGCGCUCAGAGGCCACUAGUACUAACCAUAGGACCAUUGGAUGCUAUGACAAUCGAAUCAGCCUUAACGGUAAUUUAGACAGCACUUAUUCGAUAGUGAAAGGAUCAUACUCCUACAUAAGCAUCAUGAUGAAUAACUAGAAGAAAUUUAAUAAUAAUGAGAACUGGAAAAAAUAAACCCUCGCUCUUGUUAAAAAUAAUAGUUGUGGCUUUUUUUCUACUUAGCUUUAUUUUAUCGAACCAACUCAAUGCAGCUGUGUAUACAAUUCUUAACUCUACUCCUUUGAGGCGGUUGUGGUACUAUGUUUUGGACGUGCGAAGUCUUUUUAUAUACUGAUACUGAUACUUUUACGGUAUUCGGGAUCUGCCAUUUUUAUUUAUAAAACUUUAAAUAUCUUUAACGUGUGAACAUAUAGAAGGGACAUGAGAGUUUGGCGGUCACAUUGAUUUAUUUCCAACUUAAUUAAUUUCAUAUAUAAAGUACCUACACUCACCAGGUAUCUAAUAAACCGGUUUGACACCCAAACCAAACCCAAUUGAUAUCCAAAUAAACAAUUUUGUAUUACUAGAUAUCAUAGUCAAUUAGAUGCAUUAAAGCUUUUAUUUAAAAAUCACCAUUUUGUUAAAAGGCGAAAACGUUUUUACAGGAUACGAAAAAAACAUAGCGUUCUAUUCUAAAUUUAGAACUGGCUGUAUAAUAUGGGAAUUUUGAUACUUUGAGCUCUUUUCGGGACAACCAGUAUGAUAUAAAGUGAUGUUCAAAAGUACCACUUUUUGAAAGCUACGUAUUUUGGCCACAAUAUUCCGUACCGUUUAGUGCGACAAAGUACUAUAUCCCCAUAUUUAGAAAAUAAUGUAUAUUUGAAAAUAUUUUUAACAUAUUUGUCUUUAAGUAUUAUGCUACGCUUAAGAAAAUAUUUUUUUCAAAUAAAAUAGUAUUUUUCCAAACUAUGGCGCCAUUGUUUAAGUCGGACCAAAACAGCUGUGGAAAAAUUUGUUGCUGUUAGAUCGAUACAACCAACUAAUUACCAUGUCAUAUUUACAACUCGAUUUUCCGCUUCGUAACUCUAGUUUUUACAACUCUAGAUUUACAAAAUUGAAAAUUUUGGUUAGUUUACUAAAUAAAUAAAAAUCACGAUUAUUUGAAGGCAACAAAAAUUUGCAACAAACCUUUUGCAUACAAAACUACAGAAGUACGAAGUUUCUGAAUUUCAUUUAGAGUCUGAUUUUUUGACUAACGUUUUGUGUGAAUGCAGUAGAUUCUCGGCAAUCGUUUUCAUGUUGACCUCUUACUUCUUACAAUUUCACGUCCAUACGCUCUAUACUAUUUCUAUUUCAAACAGAUUAGUAUGACACCAAUUUCCAUCUUUUUUUCUAUUUGUACAAGCCUUUUUUCCAAUAAGUAGCAACUAAAAUAUACGAAUUGCGAAAGGUUCUUCAAAAUGAAUAAUUCCAACACGCAAUAUUGCAUGACUCUAAUUUAAUUAUAAACUAUGGAUGGGAUGGACAAGCUUCUCUUUUUUCGCGACGGUCAGUCUAAGACCCAGCUAGUUCAUAAUAAUACUUUGAAGCUGAAGAAACAAAUAACGAUAUUUACUAAAUAGCACAAAUAUACUGCGAAUAAUGCCUAUAUAACAGAAAGAGACAGAAUCGAGUGCUAAUACGAUUCUCACUAUUGAGAUAUGCAUAAUCGUGAGAAAUGCAUGGAAACUUUUUUGAGCUUCAUCUCGUACCAAAAUUUUGGAAUGAAAUUUAUGCUGCGCAGAUGGGAAUCGUGCUAGAACCGUUCGGAAUUCUACAAUGAAACAAAAACCAUUAUUGCAAAAUGCAAUGCAAACGGGUUAAUUAUCCAAAAACUUAAACUUUCAAGGACACUGUGUGUAAAUCCAACAUUCUUGCAACAAUACCCUCAACUCUUCUCUUGAAUCGGUAUUUUGGGUACUACAUCACUGUUCUCUCUCUUGUUAGCACCCAACGAUGCUGCUCAUCGAAAAUCAAAGCCGAAUAUGGGAUAAAUAUUGAAAAAAAUAUAUAGUUUCGCUAUUCACGUGCCGCUAUACAAGCGCCUGACAUAAGAAAAUGAAAAUUUAUAAUCCGAGGGUUUUUAAGUCUGCAUACUAGAUAUUUCAAUUUUCGAGUCUAAUUUAAAACGCCCCGAAAAUCGUUUUUUUUUAUCUGUUUUGGAGUUAUUGAUAAUGUUACCUACUUGUUUCUUUAUUUAAUGUUAGCCUGCAGCUUGUGCUCAAAGGGUCGUGUCCAAAGAAUAUUUCUCAAACCUUAUUGUAUGUAAGAGCUAUUAUCUGUACUUGUUCUAUAUUCUUACAAACUGGAAUCAAAAUAAACAC